AUGAGUCAAAUGGUAUUGCAGUCAAUCUCAAAUGAAUUAAAAGAAUGUAAGUAUUUUGCUAUUCUUGCAGAUGAAACUAAAGAUGUAACAAAAACUGAACAACUUUCUAUCAUGGUUCGGUAUUUUUAUAACAGUACAAUUAAUGAACGAUUUUUAGGAUUUGCACCUUGUUCUUCAUUAAAUGCUCAAGCAUUGUUUAAUUACAUCGAAUGUACAUUGGCUAAUUGUUCAAUCGAUAUUAAUAAUUGUGUAGCACAGACCUAUGACGGGGCUGCGGUAAUGAGUGGCAAAGUUAAUGGUGUUCAAGCAAUUUUCCAACGUCAAGUACCUCAAGCUAUUUAUACCCAUUGUUAUAAUCACAGAUUAAAUUUAGUUGUUGUUGAUAUUUGUAAGAAUAUUCCAGAAAUCAACACUCAAUUUAUUGAACUUCAAAAAAAACAUUGUCCAAAAUCUAAAUGUGUGGAACUAAAAAGUAUUUCUGAAACAAGAUGGAUCUGCCAAAUAGCUGCUUGCAUAGCUAUUAAAAGAACACUACCAAUCAUAUUGCUUUUACUUAAUAAAGUUAGCUUAGAAACAAAAUAUGAAAAAAGUUUAGAAGCUAAUUACUUACAAAAAUCUGAUUCUGAUUUAAGUUCUAGCUCUAGUCUUGUUAAUGCAUUGAUUUUACACUUAAAUGAAUAUAGAAAUAAUAUUGAAAAAUUCAAAACAUUUAUCUUAUGCAAAAUUGCUAUUAUAAUACCACCUUCAAGUGCAGGAGUGGAACGAACAUUUUCAAGUCUAAGGCAAAUAAAGACUUAUUUAAGAAACCAUAUGUGCAAUGAAAAACUAACGUCUGUUGCUAUAUUAAAAAUUGAAAAAAGAAUAUCCAAAGGUUUAGAUUUAGAUAUAGUUGUAGAUAAAUUUGCCUCCAUCCAUAACAAUAGACGAAUUAUGCUGUAA